AUGGUGAAGCCUUCUCCUGAUCGUUCCGCUAUCGUUCGUCUGCACAAAGCCGGCCGCCCACCCGCCACGAUCGCUAAGCACCUCGGCAUCCACCGCAGCGUCGUGUAUCGCACACUCCAACGUUAUCGAGACCUUGGUGGACUCCAAGACCGCCGAAGAAGUGGAAGACCUCGUACUGCUCGCACGCCGAAGGUCGUCGAGGCCGUCAGAAAGCGGAUAGCAAGAAACGCGACUCGGAGCAUCUCGACGAUGGCUCGCGACAUGGGAAUCUCGCGGAAGUCAAUGGAAAGGGUCGUCCACGAAGACCUUAAGAUGUACCCCUACCGUACUCGGAAGGCUGCUAUCCUCAGCGCCUCGAAUCAGCAGGCGCGAGUCAAGAAGUGCCGACAGCUUUUGCUUCGGACGCGCAACAAGGGCCACCAUUCGAUCGUCUUUUCGGAUGAGAAGCUCUUCACCGUCGAGCAGCAGUUCAACGCUCAGAACGUCAGAGUGAUCGCAAGGAAUGCCGAGGAAGCCGACAAGAAGGGAAGAGUCGUUCACCGGGCCGCACACCCUGCCCAAGUCAUGGUUUGGGCAGGGGUGUGUGCCUCGGGGAAGACGCCGUUGAUAUUCGUCGACCCCGGCGUCAAAAUCGACAAAGAUUACUACCUGAAGACGAUUCUGGAAGAUGCUCUACUCCCGUGGGCGAAUUCCCACUUCAACGGCCGCCCGUGGACAUUCCAGCAAGAUUCGGCGCCCGCCCACAAGGCCAAGGUCGUCCAAGCGUGGUUACAAUUUGCCCUUCAGAGAAGAGCGCUCUUUUGCAUAACUUGA